GAAACCUAGACUUGGCACUCUGGUGCUGCUUGCCAUGCGGUAGUAGAGAGAACAGUCUGACUGGUGUAGCUGGUUCUAUUAAGUCAAAAAGAAAAAUAGGCCUACGUUUUUUUUUUAUUGAUAACAUUAUGGGCUUAAUAUAAAUAAUAUAUUUUUGUUCAAUGGCAAACAUUAAAGUAGCCCAAUUUCGAUUGCUACUAAAUGAAAUAAAACAAAUAGGCUAGUUAAAAUCCUAUUGAAUAGCCUACGUUAAUAUUUACAGAAAAUGACUCGAAAAAAAUACAUGGAGACGAAGCCUACAGAAAAUUGCAAACAAUUGCAAUUUAUAGCCUCAGCUCAAGCCAUGCAAAUCGGAAAAAGUGUCUCAAACAUGUUUAGAUGCGUCCUAUUCAACGCUGGCUUGGUAUGACAUUUACAGUAGCCUAUUCAAUGUGUGUGAAUAUUGCUAAAAACAAUACAUUGACUUUCCAAACACCUGUAAAACAUAAACGAAUAUAAAUGUCAUGGUAAAUAUGUGAUCUUAAAUGUUUUCCAACCGUCGCAGGUACGGAAAGUGAAACGGGUAUUGGCUUCACCCUAUUCGUUUUGAGAAACUAUAAAGGUCGCAUUCCUACAGGUAAGAUGGUAUACCUAAACAUUAGUAACAAGACCGUGACAUUUGACAUAGCUAAGCCUGUUUUGUAUUACAAAGAUAUACUUUUUUUUGCUCCACGUCUCGUUUUCAUUACCAACAUGCAUAGGCCUGCGAAGUCUUUGCUUAUUUGUUUGUUUUUAACCCUGUGCAAUGGUUUCUCGGUGGGCUGCAGAUGGAUGGACGAUCACAAAUUCAUACAACACAGUGAGACCUUAAUGAACCUACUCAAUAUUAUGGGUGGGGAGUUUACUACAGACAGUGUGGACAUACCUUUCCCAGAGGACCUGUACGAGCAAGCGGAAUAUUUACCAACUGAUGACACAAUUUGGUUCAUCCUCCAAACCCUUGACAAGAUCGCUGAGCUGUUUGAUGGAGAACUAGACUCUGUCUGGGAUGAGAAGAAAGUGGAGAUCUUCCUCAAUGUUCUCACCAGUCAGUCUGAUGGCCUUCAGUCAUGUGUUAGGGCCCAGAAAAAAAAUAGCAAGAAUCUGCAAAUGUACUUCAAGAGGCUCAACAACCAUGUCCUUAAAAGAAUGGCAUACAGUGCUCAUGCAUGGGAGCUGGUCAGGAAAGAGGUUAGGACACAUCUGAGGAGGCUGGUUCUUCUGGGUUCAGCUACAGAAAACAGCAUCUAAACUCAGCAACGCAAUAAUUAUCGUCACGUAUGAGUGACGUCAUGUAUUUCGCCUGUUUCUUUGUCUUUUUUUAUGAUAUGUUUAUUGAUUCCACAUGGAAAUGUGUUUUUUUUUUUUAUCUGGUUUUAAAUCUAUUUAUUUAUUGGGUUAUUUAUUAACUUUUAUUUAUUCUGUUGAUGAUUGCUGGAUACAUUUUUAUACACAAAAUUACUGUAGAUGUAUGCUUUUACCUGCUACUUCAUUAAAUGCAUUUUUGAAUGCAUUUUAAAUGCAUUUUUGACUACA